AUGAAACACACACUUUGGUGGAACUUGGCCAGAUUUCUUGUGGUCUGGAGAUUGGUACAUGCACAGACUGGGCCAGAUGGGGAAAUCACAGCAGAGGAACAGGUCCAGAUGCUCCUGGAUGCCAAACUGAAGUGCCUCCACACUGUCUCUAUGCAUAACCUGGAAGCAGAUGUGUGCUCUCCAGAAUGGGAUGGUUUGAUCUGUUGGCCACAAGGUUCCCCUGGAUUUCUGACCAAAGUGCCCUGUCCCAGAUACAUCUAUGAUUUCAACCAUGCAGGCUACGCCUACAGGAAGUGUGAAUCCAACGGUUUGUGGGUGCUUGGAGAGGGCUUGAAUAAGACGUGGGCCAAUUACACAGAGUGUAUAAAAUCUCCUGGGCCCAACAGAGAGCGACACAUAUUUUUUGAGAAGCUUCACAUCAUGUACACUGUGGGGUAUGCAGUGUCCUUUGCGUCUCUUCUGGUGGCCAUCGUCAUCAUUGGCUAUUUUAGGCGCCUGCAUUGCACAAGGAACUACAUCCACAUGCACCUGUUUGUGUCCUUCAUACUACGUGCUAUAAGCAUCUUCAUAAAAGACCAGGUGGUGCACACUAGUGCUGGCCUCCAGGAGUUUGAUGCUGUGCUCAUGAAUAACCUUACAAACACAGUGGAUGUGGCACCAGUGAACACUUCUCAGUAUAUAGGUUGUAAGAUGACAGUCCUUCUGUUCAUUUAUUUUCUGGCAACAAACUACUACUGGAUCCUUGUGGAAGGUUUGUACCUGCACAGCCUCAUCUUCAUGGCCUUCCUGUCAGACACAAAGUACCUGUGGGGAUUCACUUUGAUUGGAUGGGGUGUACCUGCCCUCUUUGUGUCAGCUUGGGCAAUCGUAAGGGCAACAGUGGCAGAUUCCAGAUGCUGGGAGCUAAGCGCAGGCAAUAUCAAAUGGAUUUAUCAAGUCCCUAUUCUGACAGCCAUUGGGCUAAACUUUAUCCUGUUUGUGAAUAUUGUUCGAGUGCUGGCAACCAAGAUCCGGGAGACCAAUGCAGGCAGAUAUGACACAAGAAAACAGUACAGGAAGCUGGCUAAAUCCACACUGGUGUUGGUGUUUGUUUUUGGUGUCCACUACAUUGUGUUUGUGGGGAUGCCACACACAUUCAAGGGACUUGCCUGGGAAGUGCGCAUGUACUGCGAGCUCUUCUUCAACUCUUUCCAGGGUUUCUUUGUGUCAAUAAUCUACUGUUACUGCAAUGGAGAGGUCCAGACAGAAAUCAAAAAGACAUGGACACGAUUGAACCUGGCCUUCAACUGGAAGGGUCCAGUAGUGUGUGGCACUUACCGCUAUGGCUCAGUGCCAAUGGGCCUCAACAACAGCACCAGCAGCCAAUCACACCUGGCCACAGGAGCACCAGGUACACGCUCCACCACACUCUUUUCCAGUCGGGUAUACCGCAGCAAUGGAGCCCCGUCCAUCAGUGCCCACAUGACUCUGCCAGGCUAUGUGCUGAGCACUUCAGAUGCUGAUAGCCUACCACCAUCCAUUCCUGAGGAGUCAGAGGACAGUGCAAAGCAGGUGGAUGACAUUCUGCUAAAAGAGUCACUGCCUGCACUUCCCAGUAGUGGCCCUGAAGAUGAUGAGGAGACUUUGUAA